CCAGCAGCAAAUAUGAAAGUUCUACGGAAGCCGUGCGCCGAUAGCAAUCAAAACAUAUUGGGAUUAUCCGCUCGUUGUGCCAUGAAGGAGAAAAGCAAAAAUGCUGCCCGUUCCCGUCGAGAGAAAGAAAAUGUGGAGUUUUUGGAGCUUGCCAAGCUGUUGCCAUUACCCAGUGCCAUCACGUCACAGCUUGACAAAGCUUCCAUCAUACGCCUCACCACAUCGUACUUGAAGAUGAGACAAAUCUUUCCGGAAGGACUUGGUACAGCAUGGGGCUCAGAGCGUCCAUUGCACCUUCCGCACACACGCGAUACGAGCAUUAAAGAGCUCGGGUCACAUUUGCUUCAAACGCUCGAUGGUUUCAUCUUCGUUGUGGCACCCGAUGGCAAGAUCACAUACAUUUCGGAAACGGCAUCUGUACAUCUCGGCCUCAGCCAGGUGGAGCUUACUGGCAAUUCGAUCUACGAAUACAUCCAUGCAUACGAUCAGGAGGAGAUGGCAGCCAUCUUAUCGUUACAGCAAGCGUUUCCCACUACGCCACCGCAUGUCGCACAUAACCUUCAACCUGAUCAGAGUGCCAUAUUUAAUAAUCAUGAUCCAUCAGCUAUUGGAUUGGCAAGCGGUUCCCCUGUUUACGGUGACAUUUCGUCAGCAGCGUCGACGCCUGCAGCACAUGGCGCACAACGGCAACAACACCAUACAUCUUCCGAUCCUCGAGUACCACACCACGAAUUACCUACUGACCUACCUUCUUCACGGAACCUUCAUCAGCCUAACCAUCGGCAUAGUUUCAGUCAGCAGCAGCGCUCGUACGUGAUCGAAAUGGAGCGCACCUUCUUUCUUCGGAUGCGGUGCGUUCUUGCUAAACGUAAUGCAGGACUCACAUCGUCCGGAUACAAAGUCAUCCAAUGCACUGGAUAUUUGAAAGCACGCAUCUUUCCACACGAGUCAUCCAACACGCCCGGACAUUGCUGCGUACAAAAUCUUGGCCUAGUUGCCGUUGGCCACUCGUUGUCUCCCUCGGCAGCGACUGAAGUCAAAUUGCAUCAAAACAUGUUCAUGUUCCGUUCCAGCUUAGAUCUGAAGUUGAUCUUUCUUGAUGCAAAAGUUUCCCAUCUCACAGGAUAUGAACCACAGGAUCUGAUUGAAAAUACGCUUUACCGGUACAUCCAUGCGGCUGAUGUUGUCCACGUUAGACAAGCCCAUCAAACGCUGUUACAGAAAGGACAAACGAUAACAAAGUACUACCGAUUUUUAACCAAGGGAGGCGGUUGGCGAUGGGUACAAUCGUAUGCCACGAUCGUACACAAUACUCGUUCCUCCAGACCGCACUGCGUCGUUAGUGUCAAUUAUGUUCUUAGUGAUUUUGAGGUGCAAAAUCUUCAACUGAACGAUAAUCAACAACCGCUAUCAACGUUGAGUCCACAUUUUGAUCAGGUUACUCAUUCGUCAACAGAGCCAUUCCAUGUAACAACUCAUUCCCAUAACAUGGCAAAGGCGCACAGCUGCAAUCAGCAUUUGUCCGCCUACAAAGAACCUCUGCAAGCACUUCAGCUUCCAGAAACCUGUUCAGUACCCAGUAUCGAAAGUAGCAAAGAAAUAGAUAGUUUCCUCCAGUUCCACCAUACUCUCGAUUCGAACGAGAGCAUGAUCGCUGAGCUGAAUGGAAGUGGAAAUGAAGAUUCGUUCCUACCGAGUGAUCUCUGCUACGAUCAGUCGUCUCAGUACACUAAUCAGACACAGCCAAGCUACUCGUUCGAGGAUGCACAAGCUUUUCCUGCAUGCGACUUUUUGGAUCCAUUUUACGAGCAACUCUACUCGACGUACGACACACAUCCACCGGAUCGGGAAUUGAUCCUUCGCUCUUGUUCCGUCAGUACCAGCGGGUCAGAUACGACGUAGUUGGGCA